AUAGACGGUGACUGAGCUUGUCCUUGAGACAUGUCAGCCCGAGGCUCUUCCGUCCACACUCCCCGGGACAGUCCGAGUCCGUAGCGCGUCUGUCCGCCAGCAUGUGGACCGUGUUGGUCCGAGCCGGGCUCCGGCCAGGUGUGGUAAAGCCGUGUCGCCUGCUCAGAUCGGUGACACAGAUCCCACAGAGGUCCCUGGUGCACCAGGAGAAUUUACCCAAGCUGCCGGUGCCGCCCUUGAAGCAGACAUGCGAGCAGUACCUGGCCUCUCUGGAGCCCAUCGUCAGCAAGGAGGAGCUGGAACACACCCAGGAGCUGGUGGCUGAGUUCCUGAAGGGGGGGGUGGGAGAACGGCUGCAGAAAGGCCUGGAGCGACGGGCACGCAAGACAGAAAACUGGCUGUCAGAAUGGUGGAUGCAGUCGGCCUAUCUGGACUGCCGGAUGCCAGUGGCGGUCUACACCAGCCCCGGGGUUGUCCUGCCGCGCAUGCGCUUCAGCGAUCGCCAAGGACAGAUGAGAUUUGCUGCCAGACUGAUCACAGGAGUUCUGGACUUUAAAAAAAUGAUUGACACUGACACCCUGCCUGUGGAGUACCUGAGUGGGAAGCCGCUGUGUAUGGAUCAGUACUACCAGAUAUUGUCCUCCUGUCGUAUCCCCGGCACAAAGAGAGACACCGUUGUAAACCACAGCAUCGGGAAAACCCCUCCAUCUCACAUCACUGUGGUCCACAACUUCCAGUUCUUUGUCUUGGACGUUUACAACAGCGAUGGCACGGCACUGACAGUAGACCAGAUCUAUAUGCAGCUGGAGAAGAUCUGGAACUCGUCUUUGCAAACUAACAAAGAGCCGAUUGGCAUCCUCACGUCACAGCACCGCAACACCUGGGGCAAAGCCUACAACAACCUGAUCAAGGAUAAGACGAAUAAGGAAUCAGUGCGGGCCAUCCAGAAAAGUAUCUUCACUGUUUGCUUGGACGCUCCGAUGCCGCGUGUGUCCGACGAGCUGUAUCAGAGCCGCGUGGCAGCGCAGAUGCUACACGGAGGAGGAGCUCGCUGGAACAGCGGCAACCGCUGGUUCGACAAAACAAUACAGUUCAUAGUCGGUGAAGACGGUACGUGUGGGCUGGUGUACGAACAUGCCCCCGCUGAGGGUCCACCCAUCGUGUUUCUCAUAGACUACGUUGUUAAAUACAUGCAGAAGACUGAAAUAGUCCGCUCCCCCAUGGUUCCUCUGCAGAUGCCUCAGAAGCUGCGUUUUAACAUAACACCCGAAGUCAAGAGAGACAUUGAGAAUGCCAAACAAAAUAUGAACAUAAUGGUGCACGACUUGGAUGUGAAGGUGCUUAUGUUUUCUCAUUUUGGAAAAAAUGUGCCAAGGCAACAUAAGCUGAGUCCAGAUGCGUUCGUGCAAAUGGCUCUUCAACUUGCCUACUUCAGGAUGUAUAAUAUUUGCUGCUCCACAUAUGAGAGUGCAUCGUUACGAAUGUUCAAAUAUGGCCGAACGGAUGCAAUCCUUGCAACUACUAUUGAGUCGUCAAAAUUCGUCGAGGCAAUGCAAGACCCAGCUAAACAGAACACAGAGAGGCUGGAGCUGCUGCAGAAGGCCGUUCAGACGCACAAGGACAACACGUACAAGGCGAUUCAUGGACAAGCCAUAGAGAGACACCUCCUCGGGCUGAAGAUCCAGGGUAUUGAUGACCUGACCUCCAUGCCCGAGAUAUUCAUGGAUACGUCUUUUGCUGUGGCUCAGCAUUAUAAUCUCUCCACCAGCCAGGUCGGCUCCAAGACAGACUGCGUGAUGUGCUUUGGUCCAGUGGUGCCAGAUGGCUACGGAGUGUGCUACAAUCCCAUGGAUGAGCACAUCAACAUCGCCAUCACGGCCUUCAACAGCUGUGAGGAGACACACGCUGCCAAGUUUGCCCGGGCUGUAGAGGAGGCUCUGUUGGACAUGAGGGCUCUCCUCGAAGACACGGCCAAAGCCGAGCAGUGAUCCCACACGGGACCCUGCCGGUGUGGUUGUGUCCCACUGCGGCGCACAGGAGCUGGAACUGAGUCGCUGGCAGAGCGCCGCACUGGCACCAACUCACAAUGUACUGAGUGUGUUGGAGCUGAGGGGGAAACCUGUUAACAAAGGAUUGUGGGAAGAGAGUGGGAACGUGUGACGAUCAAUGCACUGCCUUUGAAAGGAGGAGUAAAUCUCUAUGAUGGGAAUUCUAUAUUUUAACAUUUUGUGUUAUAUCUAUUUGAAAUUUAAAUGGACACAAUUUGCUUAAUGUAAUAGUAUUCUUUUUUUUUCUUCCUUUCUUUAUACCUAACCACUUUCUAGAAUGACACUGUCCUCGCUUGACUGUCGAGUGUUUUGGUUUGUUUUGUUCAUUUAUUCAUGUCAAUAUAAUUAUCACAGAUGUAUGAAAAUCAAGUUUGGAAGGAUUUUGUUCUCUAACCAUAUACAUUUAAAUACAUAUAGAAAGCCAAAGAAAUGUGAAACAUAAAAAUCAAAAGCUCCUCCAGGUAUUUUUUAUAAAUUAAUAUCCACGACUUAUAAAGGAAUAUUCCGCUCUGAAGCUUCCUUUAGAAUGAAGGUAGUCGCCAUGAAACUCAAUCUCUGCCAUGUUUCCAGAGGAAUGCCACACAAACAGCUGUUGACCUUUAAACACGUUGGUCUUUAAGAUGUCCAUGUCCCGGAUCUGAACAGCAGAAAAAGACAAAAUAUCCCUGUAGUUAUUACACUUGCACUUUUUUACCUUUGCACUUUGGAGCACACUGAAAAACAACAACCCAAAUUAAAAAAAAGCUGACCCGCACCAUAAUGUACGUAGACUGCGAGUUGGUGGCGUUUAAUGCUAAUCCAAUGUGCAGUGCUUGCACUCUGAUCUUCACGGCGGGGGGGGCGUUGAUGAGCACUCGACAGGUGUGGUUGGUGCUGGACGUCGUGGGGUUCUCAAAGUCACCGCUGGGGGAGAACAGCUGAAUGUCGCAGUCUGUGGGGCAAAGACCAUGUGUACUUAACCUUUAGUAAAUGCAAACGUGUAAACAAAUGACAUAUGAACACCUGUAUUAGUGUUAUACGUAAAGAUCAAAACAGGAACCUUUUUGGAAACAGUAUUAGCGACAGAUUCAGUUCUAUGGUGUUUUUAUGAGGAGUUGUAUUUCAGCUUCACUGAGUGUUCACGUUAUUACCUUUUUGUUGCAGUGGGCUCCCACAUUUGUUGCAUUUUACCUAUAGUAACUUCCAUUCUAAGCCAGUGAAACAUCUUCUUUCAUUAAACAUCUUCCUGUUUUUGGACAUUA